AUGGGGGACUGUAGCGACAACCAUUUCAGGUUUACGAAUGGAAUCGAUGCCGUGUUCGGACAUAAUCACAGCGACGUUUCUAGCAGUCCACCGGGAAUGUGGUCGUCGUAUGAAAUUCCAUCCAGGGAAUGUCGCUCACCCGACGACUUCCAAAGCAAUGGUUACUUCUCAUACGGCAGUGGCAGCGGUGCCUCGUCAGGGGCUUCUUCUGGGGAGUCGUCGCCGAUCAGUCCGUCAAGAAAUCGUAGACCUUCUGGCAGUUCGCUAAAAGAUCCUACGAAAACGCCGCCGGGUACACCAACAAGGCGUAAAUCAGUCAAGUUCGCGGACGCCCUCGGCCUUGAUUUGGAAACCGUUCGCCAUAUUCUGACAGACUCCGUACCCAAGGUACCAGACUGUGUAUACAAUUCAUAUAGCAGCCAGCAGGAAUACGUUACACAAGACCAUAAUAGAUAUCUCGCUGCUUGUUUUUCUCAACCCAGUGCGGAUUCGGACUUCAUUCGUCGAGUUCAUGAAAACAAAGUAUGUCUAGAAAAUGCUAUCGUAUCAGAUUUGACAAUCCUGGGCACUGUCAAGGUUGCAAAUAUCGGCUACCAUAAAUCUGUCAAAGUACGCUUCACAACGAACUCCUGGAAAAGUUACUACGAUAUUCCCGCGAGUUAUGUGCAGGGAUCUUGCGACGGACCCACUGACAGAUUUUCAUUUGGUCUGACUACUCCACGUGAGUUCCACGUCGGAGAUCGCCUUGAAUUCGCCAUACUUUACGAUGUGACGGGACAGCCGUUCUGGGACAGUAACCAUGGAAAUAACUAUAUCUUUGAGUGUUACAGUCAGGCCAAUGACAGUGUGAAUGACAGUGACGCCCUCUGGAUGCACUUUGUGUAA